GGCUGAUGCAACACGUCCUGAGUGGUGACACCCGAGAGCAGGCGGAAGUCAAAUUGUGGCUCUUAGGACGCAGAGACAUUCGGUAUCUUCACUUCGGGAUGUACAGGCACUGAUAUUCGCAUGCGCAUAGGCAAAAACACACGGAACGUGUAACAAAUCAACAUAAAAAUAAACAGCGUUAGCAAGAAGUGAAUUUAAACCACUCAACCUGCCUUCAUAUAUCCAGUAUAGGUUAUUAAAAUAUGUCCACUGUUCCAGUAUCCACCAUCUGCAGCGAAGAGCGCUACAACCCGGACACCUGUGGAUAUGUGCCGAGUAAUACGGACUCAGGACAACCGAGUAAAAAAACACAUGAGAAAGUGGUUUUAAAGAAGAAGGUGACUCUGUUGAGAGGUAUAUCGAUUAUAAUCGGGACGAUCAUCGGCGGCGGCAUUUUCAUCUCUCCCAAGGGGAUCUUGCAGCACACCGGUACAGUGGGCAUGGCCCUAGUGAUGUGGACUGCGUGCGGUGUCCUGUCGCUGUUCGGAGCACUCUCAUACGCCGAACUUGGGACAAGUAUAAAGAAAUCAGGCGCCCAUUAUGUAUAUAUUCUAGAAGCGUUUGGUCCACUGCUUGCUUUUGUUAGAGUCUGGGUGGAACUGAUCGUCAUACGACCUGCUGCUACUGCUGUAAUAUCCUUGGCUUUUGGUCAGUACAUAUUACAGCCGCUAUUUAUGCCAUGUGAAAUUCCAGAAAUUUUAGUGAAGAUCACCACAACCAUUGGAAUCACUGUGAUAAUGUAUAUUAACUGCACAAGCGUCAGCUGGACUGCGCGGCUACAGAUCUCCCUGACAUUCUGCAAACUUGUUGCCAUUUUAAUAAUAAUCAUCCCUGGAAUGGUGCUGUUAUUCAAAGGAGAAACACAAAAUUUUUCUCAACCCUUUCAGCAAGCCGAAGUUAGUCUUAUGGGACUUCCCCUUGCUUUUUAUUCUGGAAUGUAUGCAUAUGCAGGAUGGUUUUACAUGAACUUUGUCACAGAAGAAGUAGAAAAUCCUCAAAAAAAUAUACCUCUUGCAAUCUGCAUUUCAAUGGCAGUUGUCACAGUUGGCUAUAUAUUAACAAAUGUAGCCUAUUUUGUCGUAAUGAGCCCUAAAGAGCUUUUGGCUUCAGAAGCAGUAGCUGUGACCUUUGCAGAACGACUGUUGGGCAAAUUCUCCAUAGCAGUGCCAGUUUUGGUAGCUCUUUCCUGCUUCGGGUCUAUGAAUGGAGGUAUCUUUGCGGUUUCCAGAUUGUUUUUUGUUGCUUCACGAGAAGGUCACCUUCCCGAAAUUCUGUCUAUGAUCCAUGUUCAUAAACACACACCUCUUCCUGCUACUAUUGUGUUGUAUCCUACAACUGUCUUCAUGUUGUUUGUAAGUGAUAUCUACAGCUUAUUAAACUUUAUGAGCUUUGUCCGAUGGCUCUUCAUUGGGCUGGCAGUAGCUGGUCUGAUUUAUAUGCGGCACAAACGUCCUGAUAUGCCACGCCCAUUUAAGGUGCCUCUGUUCAUUCCAGUUUUCUUUGCCUUAACUUGUCUCUUCAUUGUCGCACUGUCACUCUACUCUGACCCCGUCAAUACUGGUAUUGGAUUUGCUAUCACUCUGACUGGUUUCCCUGCCUACUACCUGUUUGUGGUGUGGGACAACAAGCCAAAAUGGUUCAGAAGAUUGAUGAGUUCAAUGACCAAGACACUCCAGAUCAUUCUGGAGGUUGUGCCAACUGAAAAUCAUCAAGACUGAGCAGUUCCCUUGGUGACACAACCUAUGGGAUGUUUGAAAUACCAAGACUGCAAACUUCAAAGAAAUGUUUGUCACUUCAACAAAGCCAUACACUAGAACUUUAAAUACUUCCCAAAGUUUCAUCAAAUGAUUGGAUCAUUCUUUGACACCCGAAAUCCUGCCUCUUGCCAGUUGUGAACAGUUCUUUAUACCAUUUUAAUCAGGGGUGAUGUGGGGUGGGGGGAUUGUUAUCACUAACCAGACUGCACAAUUAUGACAAGAGACCAAGGAAAGCAACCCAUUUCACAUCUGCAAUACCCAACUCAUACAGUACAACAGAAACUGGGAGAUUAUUCUUCCUUUCUGCAAUUAAUGCCCUUUGCCUAUAUUCAUAAUGAAUUGAAAUCCUGUAUUUAUUAAUAUGGUAUCAUUUUGUAGAAAUAUAAAUCAAAGUUUGUACAAAAAGCAAUACAACAAUGCUGGAGAAAUGCAUUUGUUUAUUGUACUGUUCGUAAACAUGGAGACCAUGUGAUCACUUACUAUUGAUAUUUCUCUAAAGACCUUACAAAGACAUGAAGAGUUGUGUCUCAGAAGCUGAAUUAUAUUUAUAACAUGAGCUGCUAGGUUUUACUUUUAUCAUUAGAAUCUAUAUUUUUUAAGAUUCAACUUAAGACAUCUUUGAAAUUCCUAUAUUUCAUAUUUCAGCACAACUACAAAUUUUAUUUCUUUGGGGACAUCUGUUAUUUCAGAAGAAGUUACAUUUUCCGGCCCUGAACUUCUGGUAUUAACAGUUCCCAGUGAUAUUUAAAGCAGGAAAUACAUAAGACCCCAAAUGGAAAUGGGCAAAUGGUUAGAAACAGCCACUUGUGCCAUUUUCCUAGGAGUUUCUCCAGCUUCUCACCAGAACAAUCCUUACAGAAAUGCAGUUUCCUUGUUAAGUGCACAAAUUGCCAACAGAACUUUCUGGCCUUCCUACUGAAUUGUGAAUCACAGUUUACAAACACUUACAGAUCCACUGGAAAGCCCUGCCAUUGCUGCUUGAGUAAUCAUCGGAAGUGAAACUGAUCCACAACAGUAGCUGAUACUGUGAUUCCAAAUCUAUAGCUUGCUUCAUGCUCUAUUCAGAUUUACUUAUGUUGACCCAAAAUGGACUAUGUGUUCCUAUAGUAUUAUCUCUCAAUAUAAUUUCAAGGCUGUGAUUUGUAACUUGUUUCCCCAGAUUUUAAGAAUGAAGAGAUUUCUGCUCCUAUUGUUCAGGCUCUGACACGUCAUUCCACACUUUCAUUCUAUUCUCUGGCUGCUGUCCUCGUUUCCCACUGAUUUUGUCCUCCUGGAACUUCUUCCACUUUGUUUUAAUAAACUGUAGUUUCACUUAAUGCUUGCUAGUAAAAAAAGACAGAAACAAACCCCAGUAAGCACUGAUAAUUAAGUAAUAAUGCAGUAUGAAGUUGGGAGUGGUGGUGUGAGGUGCUGAGGAGUAGAGAGCAGUUGCUUAACUAACUGUUGAGAGAAAAUAGAUUUGAGCAAAAUAUUGCAGUUGAGUACACUGAGGCAUUUUUAUGAUGAGUUAGGCCGGAAAUAUUACCAUACAGAGAUACGAGAUCGUAAAUGAUGCACUAAUAGACAAUGUGUGAAACGUCAUAGAGAGAAGAUAAAUGAGCAAAUAUUUGCACAUCUUUGAAUGCAACAAAAUAUGUCAACUUAAUUUAAGUAUUUGGCACAUGGUUAGGCAUUCUGCUUCUAGAACUGAACACUUUUUAAGUAUCAUAUGAGUGCAGUACUUUAUUUGAAAAAUUAAGACUGUUGGUCAUCUAUUUGUCAAAACUGGAUUAUAAUUGUAUUGGAUAAAGCUUCCUAAUUACAUUUAGCUGUUAAUGUAGUGUUGUACAAAAUCACAGAAAUCUCACUGAGCAUCACAAUAAGUAUAAUGACAAGUGGGGAAGGUUUUGAUUUAUAUGGAUAGGUGCGUGGGAACACCUAAGGAAUUAUACUGAAGAGACGCAGCUUGCCUACUGUUUUAUUUUCAAUUCACAGUGGUGCAAUUGUACCAAAUGUUCUUUGUGAUCAAAUAGAAGAUAUAACUCAUUUCCCAUAUUUUGUAAAACCUUAACAGGUAUUUCUAAAUGUAAGUAAACAUUAAAGAGGUUAUUUUACACAAUUGCAAAUGUUGAUUUGUUUUGAAUAAAAGGUAUAACUGUAUUACAGAUUUUUCCUCUCUACUGUCAUGAUUUAUAGAAAACUGCUAGAAGCAUUUCCCAAAGAAAGGAAGAGGAGAAUGGUAUGCAUUACAUAAAAUGAUUAAUUCAA